UAAUCUGUCUACUUCCGGUUUAAAUUUUUUAUUUUCUUCGCAGAGUUUUAAACUUUUGCGUACAAUAAAGUUAUUGUUGACAUUGUAAAUGCAGUAAUGGAUGAACCAAUGGAAGAAACGUGUGAGGUUGAUUCCACUCAGCCUGACAUUGAAGUUGAACAGGCGAAAAAUCAGCCUACAAACCCCUUGUUGCGUCCUGGUAGUAUGGUGAUGAUGACCAUAACAGUUGAAGAUUAUGAGACAAUGUAUUGGCCAAAACUUGAACAAGCUAUAAAUCAACUGCUUACCAUGACACCGGGACAGUAUAUUCCUAUCUCAUAUGAACAGAUGUACAGUUGUGUAUACAAGUGUGUUUGUAAACAGUUUUCAGAGAGGUUAUACCAAGAUCUCCUAACUUAUAUGUCCAAUCACCUAGCUUCCAUCUCAAAUGAGUUACAGAGCUUAGUGCCAUCUCCAAACAUGUUUAUUGAAAAGUUCUCAUAUAUAUUAAACCAGUAUAUUCAAGCCUUGGGUGGAAUAGUACCAAUAUUUAAUUACAUGAACAGAUUUUAUGUAGAAACAAAAUUAAAAACAGAUCUGAAUGAAGAGUUGUUAAAGUUGUUUCGGACCAAUGUUGUAGAUACACAGAUAACAUUUUUAUUAUCAUUAUUAGAAGAAGCCAAUGCCAAUCCAUUUACAGUGUCUCCCCCUGUCAUGUCCUGUCUGAUAAAGAAUUUACAUUCACUUAAUAAAGAAUAUGCAAAAAUGAAUCCACAAUUAUUUUCUCGGUACAUACCAAAUAUCAACCCCCCUACACAUGUAUCAGAAUUGGACAAAUAUGUGGAGGAAACCAAACUUUUACAACAAGAAAUCCAUAGUCUACCUGGCUUUGCAGUCUGUGAUAGUUCAACAAAUAGAAAAAGACCAAAUGAAGAGGAUGUGAAGUAGUACAAUGUUGUACCUCUGUGAUAGUCACAUCAAAGGGUACCUGUUAUAAUACAGAUACAGGCCAUGUAAUACAUGAGUUGUUACAGUGGAAUCAUCAUCACUCCAAGCUUUACUUGUGGAUUUUGUACUAAGAUAAUGUGAUAAUGUUGUGAUAUCACACACCUUGGCAUCUUUGAUAGACUGUAAUCGUUAUAAAUCCUGCUAGAAUAUUACCAUUUAAAUCAUUUCUAGCUUUAACAUUGAUAUCUCUUAUUAAUUGUAAAGUUGCAAUACAAAAAAAUAACUAACUCAGAUAUUUUUGUUAUAUAUUACAAGUAAUUAAGACUUUUGAUAAGAGAAAAUGGGCAGUAUAACUGGUUGUAAAAUAAUGUAAUCGAAACUACAGGACAAUGGUUUUGUAGGAGGCAACUGUCAUUUAUCAUUUUAACAAAUUUGUGUAACUGCAUAAUUUCCUGAAUCAGAAUAACAUGAAAAUUGGUUAAUGUUUGUUGCAGCUGUAUUAUAUAGAUUUCAUAUUAGUUAUGUUUGUUGAAUGAAAAUGUAGGUUAUGUACAUUCAGCAUUUAAAGAUGGUAAAUGAAGUAUAUAACAGGGUGAACCCAUAGACUAAACAGCAUAUAUUAUGUAGACAAUUAUUAUGGAUAAGAAUUUUGUUAAUUUUUCUUCACGAUACUUUAUUAAAGUGUCUCCAUUGAGGUCUUUUGUAAUGACAGAAAAGGAAAAUAUUUUUUUUU